ACAGCAGUAACACAUGGGCUGCGAGACAUCAUGUGGCAUCAACCAUCCUCUCUCGCUGAGGAGAUCAACGCCCCAGCCACGCUACAUCUUAUUGAUCAUCAUUCCACGCCUCCGAGGAGAUCACUCGUCACAACGGAUGGUUCAACGUGGAUAAUCAUCGGUCUCGCGAUUGGCGCUCCUGUGGCGUUCACCGCGCUGUGGGUUUGGGCCGUGUUCUUCAAAAUGCGCAUCAAGGCAAACCAGGAGGCCAAGAAACAAGGGGCGGAAAAAACCGGGGAGCUCAAUGAGAUUACCCCCGGGGUGAAAGCGAGUACUAUGGCUACUACUAGUAACACAGCUAGUCGCAACCAGGAACGAAAAAGGCAGGGGCAGUAUGGGAGGGACUCUCUGUUUGGCAGCGGGCACACAAGGAAGCACGCGGAACGAGCGAGUGCUGCAAGGCCAACAGCAACCGGCACAUCAGCCACUGCUUCUGCUUCUGCUGCUGCUGCUGGCGCCGACACCACAGCUGCUACUGAAAGACCAACAGCAACAGGCGAAUCCGCCACUGCUGCUGACGCUGCUCCUGCUGCUGCUGCUGCUGCUGCCACCGCCGCCGUGGUUGCUGCUGAAAGACGAACAGCAACAGAGGCAUCAGCCACUGCUGCUGCUGCUGCAGCCGCCACCGCGGCUGCUGCUGCAAGAGCACAGCAGCAGACAAGGGAGGGCGACUGCCCCCACAACCCCUCCCUCAUCUGGGCCGUCAAGCGCGCCAAGAUCCUCACCAACGACUUCAAGCGCGAGGUGACUGAGAUGACAACGAAGAACCACCCGAACCUGGUGCGGCUGGUGGGGUACUGCCUGGACUUCACUGCAAAGCAGCAUCUGACCAUCCACCAGCGGCUGGACAUUGUCAUAGGCAUGGCUCGUGGUCUCGAGUAUCUCCAUGAGUUUGGUAUCGUGCAUCGUGACAUCAAACCUGCCAACAUCCUCCUCGAUGACAAAAUGAAGGCAAAGAUUGCUGACUUUGGGUUGGUGAGGCAUGGGGAGGGCACAUCUGUGGCAGCCACCCGAGUGAUGGGAACACCAGGCUACGUGGACCCCGCCUACUACAAGUCGCAGAAGGCCACUCCCAUGGCUGAUGUGCACAGCUUUGGUGUGGUGAUGCUGACAGUGCUCACAGCUCGCAAAGCUGUUUGGAACCGAGACUCAAACAUGGCCAACCUCAAGGCAUGGGUGGCACCCUUGGUGGCAUCCAAUGACGUGGCAUCCUUCAAGGACCCGUAUUUGGAAGCACCGGAUAGCAUGGUGCUGCGCAUGGCCCGCCUUGCCCUCAGCUGCACGACCAUGCCCACUGCAUCCCGGCCAUCCAUGAGUCGGAUUCUUGGAGACUUGCUGGUGAUUCAGGAUGAGUACCUGGGGGCGAGGGUCGACAGGAUGGCGGUUCGGAUUGACCAAGAGCUUGGAGGCUCAGAGAAUGCUGACUUCAAUGUCGAGCUUGCCCGCAUCGAAGGAAUGCAGACAAGCAGUGCUUAUUCAAGCAAUGCAAUGAACUGAGAUUUGCGUAGGCUGAUGCUUUUCCA